CUUCUGCAACUUUUGCCUGACUCUUUUCGUCAUAACAACUACACCUCAACAACUAUCCGAAACGCACGAAGCUAUCACGAUGUCUGCUGAAGCGACUCCGAUCACAGCUGCACGGUUCGCCGCCGCUCUCACCGAGCUGCCUAUAUCCUCGUUAUACGCAAAGCACGCCGAGCUCAUCAACAGUAUCACGCAUCUCGAAUCGAGCAACAAGCAGCUAGAAGAUUAUGCCCGCGAAAACGAUGAUCGCGACUGCUAUGAAGCGCUGCUCGAGAAUCGACAAGUUAUGAAGAAAUUCAACGAGCGCAUGGACCUAAUUAGGAAAGAAGUCGAAGAGGUGCGCGGCCUACCUUGGAGGCCUAGAGAUGAAGGCGAGGUCAGAAAAGAGGAAGGCGCUAUUGGCUUGAACGGAACAGCGCCAACACAGAAUGGAACAAGCACGACUGCAUCAAGUGGUCCUCAGGCAGCCCAAGAGCAGACAAACGGCACUUCGGCGCAGACCGGGGAGGUUGAGGAGGGUGUAUACCUAUGAACAAAGCAGAUCCUUUGCUUCCAAGUAAUACCAGCAGCACACGAGAAUUGCGUCUUAGAGUUGCAAGACAAUGAUGUCUACGUGUAGACCAGGCAUGGUCAACGUAGGAUUGUGCGCUUGACCACGGUCUGCCAGGCUACACAAAGCUUUUCCGAUUGGGAUAGUUCGCCGGAAUCGACAGGUCUACUAUCCCGACAUCCUCAGGCGAAAUGGGAUCGAUCACAGCAUAGUCUUAUCGAAUUACC